UAAGGAUAGUUUUGGCAUUAUAUUUUUUUAAUUAGUUGACUUUUGACUUUUUUAACGGUCAAUAAACAAACAAAAGGGUGUAUUAGAGCAAAGUUAACCAAACCUAAGGGAGGUUUAUGCCUUUUUUUUUUUUUUUUUUCCCACUAGUUUAAUGUGUGAGUAAUAAAGACAAACUUGAAAGGCGUCCGAACAUUUAACCCUAAAUUUUAAUAAAUAAGAGAGUGUCUAGGACAAUAAUUCCCACCCCUAGCUCUUAACCAUUUCUAUCUCCACUCUAAACCCUCCAUCCCUGGCCAUGACAAGAAAUAAAAUGAAGCUUCAAUACAUUGGAAAAGAUACCAAGAGAAAAGCCAGCUUCAAAAAAAGAAAGAAGGGGUUUAUGAAGAAGGUGAAUGAGCUCAGCACCUUGUGUGGUGUGGACGCGUGUGCCAUCAUUUUCAGCGAGUAUGAUGCUGAACCGGAGGUGUGGCCCUCGCCUCUGGGGGUCCAACGCGUGCUUGCAAGGUUCGGGAGGAUGACGGAGAUAGAACAAAACCAGAUGAUGAUGAGCCAGGAGAGCUACGUUCGUCACAGGAUCGCGAAAGCCGAGGAGCAGCUGAGGAAGAUACAGAAGGAGAAUCGCCACAAGGAGAUGACUUAUGUCAUGUACCGGUUCCUAGCAGGAGAUGUACCACAGAAUCUGGGCAUGAUGGAUUUGAACGACGUGGGUUGGUUGCUUGAUCAGAAUAUCAAAGAUAUUCAAAAAAAGAUUGAGGCUGCCAAGAGACAACAAAAUGUGUCCCAAGGAACGAUGGCUGUGGUGAAUGAGGUGCCGAGGACGAGCGGAGAUGAUCAGAAUGGUGUUGCGGAAGGGAUGAAGAUGGGUGCAGCUGCAGAUUGGAGCAUGAUGAGUCCUGUGCAGGAUCAUGAGUGGUACAUGGAUCUGCUGAGGCCUGAUGUGCACUCUGGUGUGGAUGAAACUUUACUCCCAAUUGCUCCCCACAAUACUUGUCUGGGGCCUAAUUAUUUCAUGUUUCUUUGAGAAAUUUGUCUGUUUUUCAAUUUAUGAUGUGAUGUGCAGCUAUUUUAUCUUCACGUAGAUGAUGAUGUACGUGGCUGCUUUUAUCUUUGUUCCCUUUUAGUGUUUCUUUCUUGGUUUGUUCAAUGAAUUUAUCUUGUUCCAUCCAUAUUUCUUGCUUUUCUCUUGUUUAAUCAUUAUUAUUAUUAUUAUUAUUUUUUAUUUUUUUUUGCAAAUGAUUGGUGUUCAAAAUGUUCUUUCGUUUUUCCCAAAUCAUGAAAAAUAAAUGGAAGUCGCUAGUAGACUCAAAAUUAAGUUCAAACAUGAUCGUUUAUCAAAUCAAUUUAAAGGAAAGAAAGAAA